GUAUUUUUGACGUUGAUUUCAAAAAUAUAUUUACUUUUUUCUAGCACAUCAUGUUUUUUGAGAUAAUUUCAUAUUUGUUUUUUAAGUUUGACCUAUAAAGUAUGAGUGGUAAUUUAUAGUUAUGACGUUUCAGCAAAAAAUUCCACGUGUUGCUGAACCCCACCUUUAAGUCAUACAUCUAUAAUAAUAAUAAUAUGUAAUAUAAUUCUAAACACCUGAUGUGUUAGAGACAAAAAAACUAGGGUAGAUUCUGAAUCACUGCAAAAAAAUGAUUUUGAAAAGUUUGAGAUUUUUUUUGAACAUUUGUUGACCAGUCUUGUUAUUCUUCUUAGGCGCAACCUAUUUUUAAUCCCCCUUGAAUUAUUUGUACAUUUUAGGUUGGGUACGGGCUGUUUUUAAUCCUUCAAUGACGCCCUUCCUUCUGCAUGUACAUGUAAUUUUUUUUUUUAAUCCCUAAAAUGACUUCAAGUUGUCAUGAAGGUUCUUGCCUGUAGAAUUGUGAAGAAAAGAGUCCACUUUUGAAUACUCUGUGUCACUUGAUCCUCCUUGUCCUCUUGGUGACUGCGGUAACCAUAGCAACAGCUUGUAUAAUUCAUAGGCCUGCAGGUGGCGCAUCAUGCAGCAGGUAAGAAAGACUUUUAUUGGGACUCAUUUCAUAAGGUUCCAUCUUCUUGCCCUUUGCGGGUGUGCAUGGCUGCUGUGCAUCAGUCGGCGGGGACGAGCGAAGGAGACAAAUUCUCCUGCGAGGAUGCGAGUCGCCUCUACCGCAAAGUGUUUCGUGACGCCUGCACCGAGGAUGAAGUGCGCACGGCCGUGAAAAAGCUUUCAGAAGAUGAUAGUGAGGGGACGUGCGUUGGUGAGCGUAUUUUGGAUGUUCUCAUAGAAAUGAAGCGGAUGAAGGAGAAAAAGGAAAAGUUAUACUGGGAAGUGCAGCUGCUCAAUGCAGGCCAUCUGGAGGAGCUGCAUUUAUGCAAGACUCCAGCCGUUGCUGAUGCCCCUGUGCUCAAGUGCCCACACCGAACCACACAGACACGAGGGAAAGAAAACAUGAGAGGAGUGUGGCAGCUCCACAAGGCAGCUCGACAGAGCUGGGCCAGACUGGUGACAGAAGGCGUGCAAAGCAUACUGGCCUGCCCCUGGCCAGUUCAAACGCCAGGGGUCAGAGGUGAAGUUUGGGGCUUGGUGUCCUGUUCAGACGUGCUCCUCUUCAACGAAGUCAAAUACGACGCGGUGACCCGUUUGCUUUAUGAUGACAUGCUGCAGAAACACCACAGCAUGCAUGCGUGGGAGGCUCUGUCGCCAUGGCGACGUCACCAGGAAGAGCUUUGGCUUGAGGAGCUCGCAGAGGAAGCUUUGGCGUCCGACGACAUGGUCGCUUUGGCCGAGCUGCCGGGAGCGUUCACGAUAUACAGAGUUUGUCCAGAGUCCAGAAAAGAGUGCUUCACUGCAGUUUCUCUCUUGUAUAAAUUAAACGCGUGUCGACGACAAGAGAGGGAAGAACUAACAGCCUUAGUGGAGAGGCUGGACGAGGAGAGUUUGAGACUGUUGUGUUUGUACAUUCGCUCAGCAACACUUGGAGCUCAAAGAGAAAAAACAGCCUACGAUGCAUAUUUGGCCAUCAGACAAUCCUGGCACAAAUGGCCACAAGUUCACAGUCCGUGCAGAGAAGAGCGGGCUGCCGCAUUACUACGCGGUGAUGACGACAUACUUGGGCACAUGAAAGAUGACGACGACUUACGAUUAUCACAGCAGUCAUUACUGCCGUUAUUGGUGCUGACUCAGCAGCAGGAGAGGAAGCAGCUGGUGCGCCUGUUGCAUGGAGUCACUUUGGAGGAUGUGCAAAGACCGGCUCCCUCAGAUUGUCUUAAAACAAGUUGCAUAAAAAGGCUGCAACAAAUUUGGGGUCAGAAUCAACCCAACUGUGACAUCAGCAGCCCCCCUACGGAGUGGACCAAAGACCAGCUAGAACGAGCCGCCUUGGUCCUUUUGGUUGACCUCCUGGAGAUCCAGGAGAGGGAUACAUCUUCAUUCCUUCGGGCACUGUUGGAUGGGAAUGAGCAUCUCCAAAAGCUGAGACAAGAGUACCAGUCCAAAGUGCACGCACAACACCUGCACACCAACCUGCUCCAACUCUUCAAUCCAGAUGCCUCUUCAUCUACUUCACAUGCUAAUCUGAGCGGCCAGGGGCAAGUCCCGCAUCAGUCUCGUGGACCUGCAGAGGCCCAGAACUUCACCACCGGGUUGCCUGAAUCUCAGACAGCAGCUGAUACGAUUGGCACACGACAUGAUGGAGUCCAAUCUGAGGACGUACCUGAUAAACAGGGUGUCUGCGCAGACUGUGGCGUGACCCUGGGAGGUCUGCCCUAUUUGGAGAUUUUGUGUGUUCCAGAUACAUCCGGUAAAGUUGACGGAGGAGGACCCGAUGAUGAGGAACAAGACAACGAGACGAAGAACUGUGAGGAUCAGGACUCGCUAAUCACUCUGGCUUGGAGCACACGGCUUGAGGGCAGCACAGGACAAGACGGGGAGGCAGCACACGCUGUUGAGGUCCAAGUGCAGCCCUGCGGUGAGGGCGGCACAUCCGAACACGCAGCCGGAGAAAGCCGAGAAGGAGUGAUAAGCCAAGCUCAACUUGAAGAGCAACAUCGCGGCCCAGUGGAGCUCAACUUGGAGGAAUCCGACAAAGAAAAUGACCUGCACACAAAGCUUGUGUGUGGACAACAGCCCUCGGCUGACUCGCGGGAUAGGACGACAACUGACGAGGACAGCGACAUGGUGAAGGAGCUUCGAGCUUCUGAGCCCACCGCACAGGCUACAGGCCACUGCAGCCUCAGCGAGCGAUCGGCAUCGAGGGAGGGCGCCCGACCGGGAGAACCGAUGUCUGCAGUGGAGAGAGAGAAGACCAUGCGGAAGCUGGUGGACGUGCACCGCCGAGUGGAGCGAAAGCAGCAGAGGGACAGAGACAGACAGCAGCUGAGGGUCCAGGAACGUUUGUCCAUCAUCCAGAGCAGGAAGGCAGAUGAGGAUUUAUUUGGGCCUAAGCACAAAGAGAGGAUGAGGCACCUCAGUAAAGACAUACCACAAGAAAAGAGUCAGCAGAAGACGCUGGUCAGAGAACAACUGGAGCAGCUGAAAAGGGAACGCUCUUUUAUCAUGCAGUCCAGAAGAAAAAGGAACACCGCCGGCUUCAAUGAACUUCUGGCUCCAGUGCAUCUCCAAAGCAGAGGAACUGAAGACAGGUUGGACCAAGACAACGGCUUAGGAUGAGUGGCGAGAAGCAGAACAUGCAGCACUGUGUACUGCCCUCAUUUGAAAAUUAAACUCUUCGUACGUAAACAACGGGUGGACUUGCAGAUUGUUUAUUAUACAGUUUAAUUACCUGGACAAACAUGAGCAUUAACAGUAAUACCACUUAAUCAAUGACAACUUCCUGUAGUCUGCGACCAAAUGUACACACAGAAGCGCCAUAAAGUCUUUACCGCAUAAACAGUUGGCCACUGAAAGAUUGGUAUGAUGGAGGGCGCUGUUUCAUUAACGCAACAAAAGGGCUGGCGAUAAGGUUUUGGGGGCGGGGGGGUAAAUCUUGUAGUAACGCAAGUUUUUUUGUUUUUUUUUUCCCAAAUAAUUCGGAUAUGUACGGUCUUUUG